AUGGCUGCCUUAAAACCCCUCCCUCCCACAGGCUUCGGUCUGCUAGGAAUGACCUGGCGUCCUUUGAAGACCCCUGGUGAGCAAGCCUUUGCAGCCAUGAAGGCUGCCAUCGCUGGGGGUGCAACUCUUUGGUCCAGCUCCUCGAUCUAUGGGAUGUCCCCCGAACCCCCUACUGCUGGCCUAUGGCUGCUGCGGCGCUGCUUUGAGAAGUACCCGGAGGAUGAGCCCAAAGUGACCCUCUUCAUGCAUGCCUGCUUCGACGCCACCGCCGAGGAACACGUGGGAAAGGGGGGUGUAAAGAAGAUAGACAUCUUCGGGCCCACCCGUAUGGACCGGAAUAUCCCUUUGGAGGAGACCGUGGGGGCCUUCAAAGAACUGGUGGACGAGGGCCAAAUUGGGUUUGUGGGUUGA